CGCCAUUUUCCUUGUUUUGGUCAAACAGCAGCAGUAGAAGAAGAAUGAACCGACACGCCAGCCUAUGGCAGCAGAGCAUCUUCCGCCGCGCGCUUCAAGUUUUGUCCUCGAGCAAUAAACACAACAAAACAAACACGGGUCCGCGAGCUCAAUAGGGGAUUUUAGCCAGUAUGUUAACAAGUAAGCGCCUCGUUGUGUUGUCGCUGUAGCUAUAUGUCAGUAAAAGCAGUUACGAACAUGCCAGAUCACGUAAACUGUGAACAAUCUGAGGAGCAUUUGUUGUCUUUACAGGCCUGCGACUGAAAGCGAGUUUGAGGCAGAGGGCUUGGAGUUCAUUAAUUCAUCAUCCAUAAGAAUAGAAUAUUAUAGUUCAUUUGAGUAUUGUCUGAAGUGGAAGAGACCCAUGUAUCGCCAACGCCCCUCCAGACUACCAAAGGCCUCCAAGAAGAGCCCCCAGAGAAGCCCCAGCCCAAAUGAAGAAGUUAUCCAGCGCAAGUUGAGGGGUAAGAGACAGAGGACAGGCCUGAGGAGGAUCGAAGCUGGCGACAGCGUAGUCAAUCGAGAUGAGGGGAAGGACCGUGACAUCAUCGACAUCAUUAACAGCACACAUGAAGAAAAAGAUAUCGCAGAGUAUGAAGGGAAGUCUGUAGAGGUGACUGAUGAAGGAGUGGACGAGUCAGAUGAAGACUGCUGCUCUGUUACCAGCAGCAUAGCUUCUGGUCCUUCCUUCCUGCGUGACGCCUCUCCCAAGAAACCGAGGCCCUCGCAGGGCUUGUGCUCAGACUGUCAGAAUCUCUACCAGAAGGCAAAGAAGAUGAAAGCACCAAUUAAAAACAAACUCCUAGACAACGAUCCCAAGUCCCUGACAUGUGACCAGUGGGUCCUGAUCAAGAACUGGAGACCUAAGAGGCUGCCUAAUGCAAGAGGGAAGCUUUUGCUCCAUGUACAACUGGUUAAGAAAAGACUUAAGGUCAACAAUGGUGCAAAGCGACCUGCACAAUGUGUGGGAGAGGGAGAAUCAUCAGCCUGCUCGAGGCUGCACACUUUCCUUCCGAGAAACCUUACACGGCUUGUCAGAGUGCCAGUGAAAAAGGAGAGGAAGAAAAACAGGAGGAAGAGGAGGCGAGAUGGUUCUCAGGAUCCUCGCGCCACUAAGCAGCAGCGUCUCCACAGCAACAAUCACAGCCAACACAUCAGUAUUAGCAGUACCAAUGAGAUCGGUCUUCACCCAACCAGCGGUCACAGUAGCAGUCGUGAGGGUCGUGGCGAUCAAGAAGUCGACGAUCAAGCGGAUGCAAAUCUGAAUGUUGGUUUGAUUCCCUCCACAGUCACCCUGACAACCACCAAGCCAAGCGAGGUCCCACCCAAGCAGAAAACACCAAAGAAGAGGGGUGGAUUCAGAGACUUGCUUGUGCAGUUGCGUGGCAAAAGCAACAUGAUCGUCCGAGAAACAUGUUAGUGACGUGACUCUGACUGUUUUUAAGCUACACUUUAACAGCUAUUCUAGCCAUAUUGUAGCUUUGACUUAUGAUAUUUCCUGUAAAUACUUGCUCCGGUGUACCUGGAGUCAUACCUGUGCCUAUAGGUCUGAGUUUAUUGGCAAAGUACUGCUGCAGUUCCACGUACUUGCGUGUUAUUUAUUUUUUGGAAUUUCCAAUAGUAUAUAUUUAAAGUUUUUAUUUUGACAUUAAAGCUGUUUUUACUGUAUGCCAACGAUAGACAGAUUUAAAAUUUUCCUUACCAGUAGACCUACAUGAGCACUUUCAGUAAGAUUAUUCAGAUGACUAUAGCUGUGUCCCAAUUGAAUAAGAUAUACUAAUUCAAAGCAAGUUAUGAGUGUGUUUGUGGUCGCUUUACAAUAGAAAAGUGACUAAAUUAAAUAUAUUUUAAAAAGUUGUCUCACAAUAUAUGUCGCAGUUUGACAUCCGGUUGCAUCAAUUUCUCUUUGUACAAAAUAGUAAGGAAUAUUUAUUUAAAAAAAAAAAAAAGUUUAAUAAUUGCAAAAACUAUAAAGAUCAUAUCGUAUAGUAGGUAUUUGGGACACAGUGUCUGCCUGCCCUUUCUGUAUGUAUAAAAAAAACACAAAGAAUGUUUACUAAGAAUAUUAUAAAUAAAUAGCAAGUGGUGAACAUGAGCCAUGUUCUGUAAGAUGGUACCGAUGGUAAAGGGAUCUGUUGGUAGUAUUUUCAGAGGUGUUGGGCAGUGUAAGACCCUUUCUCUAGAAGCCCACAUGGUGGCACCACUUAAUGCAGGAAUCAGCACUGCGGUUACAGUACGGUAUAUCAGCUGUGUGUCAUUUAGUGUGCAUUUUUUACAGAAGACUUGUCCAAAGAGAAAGGUACAGGUGUAAUUAAUAACAUUAACGAUUGUUUAGUGUCCUAGUGAGCCAGUAUGCAUAUUAACCAGAUCUCUGCACCUAUAAAUCUAAAGUAUUGACUAAAGGAAAUGACUUACACCUGUGUGUGUCCUGUAAUGAGAGCUCAAAGUCUGCUUCAAAACAAGCUUACUAUUCAGCAGCGUAACCCCAAUUAAUAAAGCCAGUGCAGACACUGAGUCAUCUGGCUCAUUUUGAUGAGGGUAACUCAGGAAUAGGUCAUAAUACACAGCAAUGUUAUUUUCAAGAUGUUUGUGCUGAUACCAGUGAAUGUGGAGGAAAGGGUGGGGUAAAUGAGCAAGAGAUAAGAGACUGAGAGUUGGGUCUUGAAGGCUUGGCAGCACUUAUUGGGGGUGUUGCUGUUUACUUAUGGGAUUAUUGUAUUGGGAGAGGAUGGGGAUUUAAUGUCAGAACUGCCAGUGCCAAGCCAGGAAAUGUGUCUGCUGACCGACCGUAUCACACACAUGGAUGCAGUGUAAAUGUAAGCAGUGUGCCACCUACAAAUCAAGCGAAAUGUACAAAGCAGUAGGUGCUCUGAUUGACCGGAGUCCUGCCAACACAUAGCAGCUGGCAAAUCACAGCUCCAGCCGUUGCUCUAUGCUGCUCACACGUUUAAAUUAAACCGUCAUGAACUGGAAAAGUUAAAGCAGGAAGCAAUUUAAUUGUGAGAUGGGACCUGAUAGAAAGAAAAAUGAGUA